CAUGAGAUCCCCGAAUUUCUAAGAUGGCGUACAUCGUCUGCUGUGGCGCAUCGGCUUGAGAGAAUUCUUUUACGCUUUCGCUUGUUAACGACGCAAAAGUCUCGUCCCCGACAUUUUAUUGAUAAUUUAAUUCAUUUUUAUUAAAGUUACCGAGGCAGCAUCAAUAAAACAUUCAAAAUGUCCGGUAAUGGAAAGGGAGUCGUCGAAGCGCCUGAGUCAUAAGGAAUGGAGGCGCCAAGUGAAAAAAAAGCGACGCAAGCGCCUACGACGAAAAGCCGCCCGGGAACGCGACGAGGAGGCUGAUCGGUUGAGGAGAAUACUCGAGCAGAGUGACGAUUAUUUGCAAUGGUUAGAAGAGAAACGCAAAUUAAAGCAGGAAGAAGAGAAACGCAUUGAAAAAGGACGCGCAGAAUUGGAAAAAGCUUGGCUAGAAGCCGAGGUAAAAGCACAGAAGGAGUGGAAAAUAUUGCAGGCACGAAAGGCUAAGGCUCGAGAAAUACAGUUAGCUCAAGAGGAGAAAAUUAGAGAAGAAUUUGAAGCCAUGCAGGAAAACAGUCGAAAGAAGAAGGAGGCUGAGAGACGUAGGAGAGAUGAGCAGAAAAAGAUGUUUGAUAGAAUUAAAAAAGAAAUUGAUGCAUACAUUGAUGAUGGAGCUAGAACUCCUAAAGCACUUAGAUCCAUAAACGAGACUCAACCAGGGAAGGAAAUAUGCCCAUUUUUUACUAAAACUGGCGCAUGCAGAUACGGUGAUAUUUGUUCAAGAAAUCACCAAAGACCGAGUCUUAGUACGGUAAUUCUUGUACCAAAUUUUUACACUCAUUUCUCAUUGGAGCGACACUCGCACGAGUAUGAUACGGACAUAAGACUAGAGUACGAUCAUAGAGAGACUCGUAAUCACUUUCGUGAUUUUUAUUAUGACGUGGUACCAGAACUAGAAAAGUUUGGAAAAAUAAAAACUUUACAAUAUUGCAAAAAUACCGAAUCUCAUCUUAGAGGAAAUCUCUAUGUUGAGUAUCAGUCGGAAAGAGAAGCUGCAAGAGCAUUGAGAGGCCUUAAAGGCCGUUGGUACGCCGGAAGACAAUUACAUUGUGAAUUUGUCAAUUUGAAAUCAUGGAGAGGAGCCAUUUGUGGCAUGAUGCGUUGCCCAAAAGGCAGUGCCUGCAACUUCUUACAUACUUUUAGAAAUCCUACCGAAGAUUAUGGUGUUAAAAGUCCACCAUUAUGGCAGAAGAGACAAGAACAAUUUGAAAGAAACAAUAGUAAUUCCUCUAGAAGAGGAAACUACAGUAACAGGAAUAGAUCAAAUUGGGAGGAUUAUGAUAAUGGCCACGAGCGAAAUCGAAAUUGGAGAUGGUCUGAAUCUCCAGAGCAAGAGGAUAGAAGACAAGGAGGAAGGCAAAAUCAAUACAGGCAGAUGCAAAGGAACUACUAUCCACGUAAUCAAUAUAAUAAUCGUAAUAAUUACGAUAACAGAAGAAAUGAUAGAAACUUUUACAACAAUAGAAGACAAAGAAAUUUCAAUGAUUCUAGAAAUAGAUAUUCUGAUGAAGAUAAGGAAGAAAACCGAUACAAUAAACCGCAAAGAAGACCGUUUAACUAUAACGAUAGAUUCAAAAGAAGAUAUUCAGAUUCAGAUGGAAACGAGGAUUAUAGCUCCAAUAAAAUUAGACGAAAGGAAAGACAUUCGCUGGAUAGAAGAAGCAGAUCUCGGUCCCGAUCUCGAUCUCGAUCACGUUCCUUAACUCGAUCGCCCUCGCGUUCCCGAUCCCGCUCUCGCUCCCGCUCCCAUACUCAUUCACGAUCCCAGUCACCGUCUCGAUCCAAAUCCCGAUCCCGCUCCCCGACAAGAUCUUUAUCCAGAUCUAGAACUCGUUCACGAAGUCCACUGCACCAUGAAUCCAUGAUCGAAGUUGAUGUAUACUCAAGAAAAACGAGAUCAAGGGAACUACAAUCGGUUGAAGGAGAAAGCAGAUCCCCUUCCGAUGAGAGAAAAUGCAGACCCCCGUCUCCGAUUCAUACACCGAAAGAGAAAAAUAAUACUAAGGUUAGCCAUAAAGGUCCGGAUGCUGAAGUUGUAUCUGUUGGUAGUUCUAAUAGUAUUGAAAUGUUUGGUAAAAAGGGUAUCAGAAAACCACCAGGUCAUUCUAUUUCGAAGUGGGAUAAUGAAAAGCGUGAAGAUUCAAGUACAGAGAGUCGAGACUCUCAUUCACAAUCACAAUCGCGAUCACAAUCACGUUCACCGUAUAAGGUUAUUGAAAAUGAUAAUAAUGUUGACAUUCAGGAAAUGGAACAUAUAGAACAGAUAGAGCAGAUAGAGCAGAUAGAGCAAAUAGAGCAGAUAGAGCAGAUAGAGCAGAUAGAGCAGAUUCAACAAAUUCAGGAAAGAGAAAUGCAUCAAUAUUUAAAGCCUCCAACAGGAAGUAGUAAAAUGUCUGAUCAAAAAGAAUAUGAAUGGGAUACAACCGAUUCGGAAAACGAAUAAUUCUAAACUUGUAAUAAUUGCCAGCAGUUUUGAACAAACUAUACCAUGUACAGUAAUAAAUAUUUUUCAUAUUAAAUUGUAUGACUGUAAAGCUUCUGGUCGUUGAAGAUGCCAGCUAAGAAUAUGAUAAUUCAAAUUUA